AUGAAAAAUCUAAAGACACCCUCAAACUUUAACGUUACCGCAACAAAUUUUCUUUUCAUAUUUAACGGAAUCACUUGGGACGCAACUCCGAUUUCUGGCGCUAAAACUUAUGAUGGUCCAUCAGUUAAUUUCAGGGUUCUCAAACCUCCGCAAACUGCCUUUGCUCAAGACAUUAAACAGAUUAGUUAUCCUGAUAAAUGUGACUUAAAACAGUUACACUUGGUUACUAGACACGGAUCAAGAUAUCCAGACCCAGAUAGUAUUACAAUUUAUGAUGAAUUCGAAAAAAUAUUUGCGAAUGUUUCUGUUGCAAAAGAUUGGUAUAAAAAUCCUUUCCCCAUGAGGAAAAAUUUUCAAUUAGUCAAACGUGGAGAAAUUGAACCUUAUUUCGAUGGUUUACAAUCUCGUAAAAGAUACGCAAAAUUUUGGGACGGAGUCAAAUAUGAUCCAGAAGUUGUAAAAACCGGUGCGUCGAUGAUGGCCUUUUCUGAAGGAUUGUUUAAUGGCAAGGGUUCUUUAGACAAUUGUAAAAGUCAACCUAUAUUCUAUUGGAAUGAACCAUUUAACAAAGAUGAUACAUUAGUUAUGUUCCUCGCUUGUCGACGUUGGAACGAGACCGUUGCAACUAAUAAUAAAAUACUUGAAGAACAAAUAUAUGCUUAUGGUAACAAGACUAUAGCACCAAUUGCCAAGAGAAUUUCCGAAGAAUACAAUAUUAGCCCACCUCUUGAUCCACAUCUAGUACCAAAUAUUUUUAAUUAUUGCCAAUUUUCACUCACGGUUUAUAAUCGAACAGAUGCAUGGUGUUCACUCUUAAGCCCCAAAGAGCUUUUAUUAUCACGAUACUAUUGGGAUUUAUACUCUUAUCAUCAAUUUUCAUAUGGUCAUCCUCUUAAUGAACGAAUUGCCUGUAGAUAUUUCACUCAGCUUGUGAAAGGAGUUGAAGAUUAUUUAAAUGGAAAUUCUAGCAUGAUAGCAGAUCUAAAGAACACUCAUGGUACUUCUAUAUCUAUGAUACUAACUACAUUGGUGGCAGAUUUAACCUUUGAACAAAUUAAAAAAGUCAAAUUUACAGAAUUUAGGCUUAUACACUGGUCUUCUACGAUUUAUUUCGAAAUUUAUAAGUGCUCAGGUGAUAAUGUAUUGAUACGAGCGUUACUCGAUUUUAAACCGUUUUUGAUUCCGGGUUGUGAUAGUGAAUAUUGCGAGUGGAACAAAUUUAAAGAAAUUCUUGGUGAUAAGAUUGGUUGCGAUUUUGAAAAGAUGUGUGCCUAUCCUUGA